CUCGCAAAACUGCUCCGUUGCGAGACAGUAGCUCGCGACGUCGAUUCUCUUCAGUCGCGAAUCGCGAGUCGUGAGACGGGGGGGAACAGCCACAAUUGCCUGACGUCUCGCAAAUGAGACCACCGAAACGAAUUACCUGCAUUUAUAUGCGCAGAUACGCGUGUAACUCAUCGAAUACCAGUCUCGAACAAGGACUCGGAAACAGUGACUGUGUCGUCGUCAAAGUCUUUUCCUUCCUCCACGCAAAACAUACAGAGCUACGCACGGGGGCCUGUGCAAUUUCGACAAGACUAUUCUAGGCAAUGAUGUAGAGCUCUAAGAAAAACAACGCUUUUUCAUCCUGAUUUUAUUUCUUCAUUCAAGUAAUUGUGACUGCACCGUACAGUGUUUAAUUUAUCAGUUUAUGCAACAAAUGCACCUGUGCCUGCAUACAGGAAAACAGAGAGCUAGAUAACUAUUUUCGGAUGUUAACCUUGGUCACAACACUCGCUUUUUAAUUCAUUUUCUCGUUCUCCUGAAACUCAUGCUAUUUCAUGCUACCUCAAGUUUUAUCAUGCGCUUAUGGUCUUUCGAGUGAACACUUCUCAUUUUACUAAUCGUUGCAGUUAUACAGCCAAGUCAUGGCUGUAUCUAUCAGUGAGAUAUGUGAAAAUACCAAACUUGCCAGAGAAAUGGCUUUAACUGGUAAUUAUGACACUUCAGGUGUCUAUUAUCAGGGUGUAGUGCAGCAGAUUCACAGACUACUUUCCAGCAUUGUUGACAGCCAAAGAAAAGCCAAGUGGCAGCAGGUACAACAUCAAAUAGUACAAGAAUUUGAAAAGGUUAAAGCUACAUCUAGUACACUUCAGCUCUUCAAAGUUGAUUCACACAAUGAUAGACUCAUUGGCCCUCAAUGCAUAUCCUAUGAAGAUACAUCGCGUGACUCUGCAAUGUGGUCAUGCGGUCCUUCAGCUAACUGGACUCCGACACCACCAAGAGAUCCCGAUGUGUGGCCACCCUUAUCACCAACUGAACAAAAAAAUUCAAAAAUCCCUGCGAGAAAUCUUCAAAAACCAACUAAUAGAUCGAAUGUGCGCAAAUCAAGUAUAGUUUCUACAAAAAAAGAUGGUAAGCCAGUCUCUAGGAAUAAUCAACGAAAUAAUGGAAAUUCAGAUGACAAGAAAACUUCUAAAUCUAAUUCAAAUAAUAAUGGAAAAAUAGAUGAUGUUAAUAAGGAAAAAACUGAUUCUGAAAAAGCAGACAGUGAAGCUGAUGAAAGAAGGUUUGAAGGUGCAGGAUGCGAUAGGGAUCUUGUUGAAACUUUAGAAAGAGAUAUUGUGCAAAAAAAUAUUGAUAUUCAUUGGGAUGAUAUAGCAGAUCUACAUGAUGCAAAACGACUUCUUGAAGAAGUGGUUGUACUUCCAACUUUGAUGCCAGAUUUUUUCAAAGGUAUUCGAAGACCUUGGAAAGGAGUUCUAAUGGUUGGACCACCAGGCACUGGUAAAACCAUGCUUGCUAAAGCUGUAGCAACAGAGUGCAGUACUACUUUUUUUAAUGUAUCUUCAUCUACAUUGACAUCAAAAUAUAGAGGAGAAUCAGAAAAACUUGUCAGAAUAUUAUUUGAAAUGGCUAGAUUUUAUGCUCCAAGUACCAUUUUCAUAGAUGAAAUUGACUCUUUAUGUUCAAGAAGAGGUUCUGAAUCAGAACAUGAGGCAUCUAGACGAGUUAAAUCAGAACUUUUAGUUCAAAUGGAUGGAAUAAGUUCAAAUAAUGAAGAUCCAACUAAAGUAGUUAUGGUUUUAGCAGCAACAAAUUUCCCAUGGGAUAUUGAUGAAGCUUUGAGAAGAAGAUUGGAAAAAAGGAUAUAUAUUCCUUUACCAAAUAGUGAAGGACGGGAAGCCCUACUAAAAAUUAAUUUAAGAGAAGUUAAAGUUGAUGAUUCUGUUAAUCUUAGUGAAAUUGCUGAAAAACUAGAGGGUUAUUCUGGAGCUGACAUUACUAAUGUUUGCAGAGAUGCUUCCAUGAUGUCUAUGAGAAGAAAAAUUGCUGGCUUGAGGCCAGAUCAAAUAAGAGCAUUGCCAAAAGAAGAGUUAGAUUUGCCUGUGUCAGCUGCAGACUUUGACGAAGCAGUUGCAAGGUGUAAUAAAAGUGUUUCACAAGAAGAUCUUGAAAAGUAUGAAAAAUGGAUGAAUGAAUUUGGUUCGUCUUGAUAUAGUGGCACCCAGAAGUAGCUUUUAAUUUUAAGAACAUUUUUUUACCAAAGGCAGUUAGGCCUUUUCAGUUAUGUGAGAGCAACCAAAUUAAUCCAAAUAGAAUUCUGCUACUAAAACUUAUAAUUUUUAAUGAAAUAUGUGACUGUCAUUGGGAUCAGCUGCUUUACAAUUUUUAUUUUAUGUUAAAGGAAUUUGAUUGAAGUCAAAUAUUUUUGCAUUUUUUAUGUGCAUUUUGUACUUAAAAAUAUCCUUUGCAUAGAUAUUAAUCAAGUUUUUUGAUCCAAAGUGUAGAUUUAAAAACGCACAA